CAACGACAGUAUUGUAGAUCGCACCCGACACUGCCGCGCCCUUUCUGUCGAGGUGACCGUACGCAGGUACACUACUGAAGAGCGCGAUCUGUCCAAAACUGGAGUGUGGAUUACAAUACCCAGAGCCAUCUGCGGUAUUUUACCUCUGUUCAUUUCGGUGGAGGUAUGGACUAAAAACCAACAGGAAUCGCAGGGGUCCGUGCGGGAGUAGACGUGGUCUGGGAAACUGACAUGCCCAUUGGAGGAGAGCCGGGACCAGAGUGACGUCCCUCCCCCCAGUUGAAACAGAAGCCAAGAAUCCCACAAACCCCUCACAUGAGAAGGGGAGGACAGUCAUUCCCACUCCCUCUGUAGUACCCUGUCCCUUAGUCCAUCCCAAACCCCUCCUCUGCGCCCCGUCCUUCCUCCCCAAGCCUCCAAGAUGGACACCACUGCCGAUGACAAGGUCUGUCACUUCAAUGAGAGCGUGGAGUUCUUCUACAACGAGAGCGGAAAGAGGAUCAGCCUAAGAUGGCGCAAACGCGACUACCUGGUGGUGGCUCUGGGGCUGACCGUCUGCGUCAUCGUUAUCCUCGCCAACAUCCUGGUGAUGACGGCCAUCGUCAUCAACCGCCGCUUCCACUUCCCCAUCUACUACCUGCUGGGCAACCUGGCGGCGGCCGACCUGUUCUCCGGGAUCUCCUACCUGCACCUGAUGUUCCACACGGGCCCCUGGACGCGCUACCUGUCCCAGCGGCAGUGGUUUGUGCGGCAGGGGCUCAUCGACACCAGCCUGACCGCCUCCGUGGUCAACCUCCUGGCGGUGUCCGUGGAGCGCCACCAGACGGUGUUCACCAUGCAGCUGCACAGCACCAUGACCAACCAGCGGGUGGUGCUGCUGAUCCUGGGGAUCUGGGUGGUGGCCAUCAUCAUGGGCCUGGUGCCCUCCAUGGGCUGGCACUGCAUCUGCGACCUGGCUGAGUGCUCCACCAUGGCGCCCAUGUACAGCCGCAGCUACCUGAUCUUCUGGGCCGUGCUCAACCUGCUCACCUUCUCCAUCAUGGUGGCCGUGUACACCCGCAUCUUCAUCUACGUGCGGCACAAGAGCCACCGCAUGUCCCAGCACACCACGCAGGCCCACCACCGGCAGACCGUCGUCAACCUGAUGAAGACCGUCUCCAUGAUCCUGGGAGCGUUUGUGAUCUGCUGGACCCCGGCGCUGGUGGUCCUCCUGCUGGACGGGGUGAACUGUGAGAGCUGUAACGUGCUGAGGUACGAGAAGUACUGCCUGGUGCUGGCCGAGUGCAACUCCCUGGUGAACCCCAUCAUCUACUCCUUCCGGGACAAGGACAUGCGCCGCACCUUCAAGCGCAUCCUGUGCUGCCUGUGCCGGCGGUCCUCCGACCAGGAGGGGGAGCAGUCCAGCAUGCACUUCAACACCCUGGAGCAGGAGAAUCACAAUCGUGACAUGGAGUCAUCGGAGGACAAGAUUAACGACGGCCGACGCUUAAUCACGCAGAACAACGGAGAGCGAACCUCUUCCCCAGCGAGCUGAGACUGAGGAAGAGGAGGGACGAGGCCAGGACAGAACUGAUUGGACUGCUGUGGUGUCCGCUGUGUAUUUCCACACCUCGUGUGUGUGCGUGGGUCUCUGUGUGCGUGUCUGUGUGUCUGAAAGUGUACCUGCAAUGUGAGACAGUGAAAGUGCUUGAAAGUCUAGAUUUUAAAAUAUUUUUUUAGUAACUCAGAAAAUGAGUAUAUAUUUUUGUUCCUAACCUCUUUGAGUGUACAGCACCUUCCUGUAUAUAAAGCAACAUGGCUGCCACUGGCCAUACACAAACAAGCUGAAAUACCCAUCAUUCUGACCCAGUCACACAGAUGAGCCGCUCAGGUCUGGCCACUUCCCCAAACAUGACGGGAGGAUUCACGUACAAGUUGUGUAUGCAUUCCAAAGAACCUUUUCUGUACAGAGUUCGCUAUCUUUAAUUCCGUGUAUUGUCAUGUGUGUAUCCAAAAGCUAUAGGAAAAGCUGCAAAAGCUAAAAGGAAGGUACAGAAAACUUCCAGGAGAGAUGUCUCCCAAGCUCCUUUGCAACUACUUGACCCUAGUUGCUGACUCAACUGUUCUACAAUAUACAUGAGUGGUGAUGAAUUUGGUUAGGACUAUAGUGGAAUGGUUGGGGCGCUGAGCUUGUAAGAUUAAGACCCCUGCUAACACAAAACAUUGUCACAAUGUCGCUGCCAUGUAGUGGCAAUGUUAUGACAUUGAGAAAACAUUCCAGUAACAUUGGGAGAACAGUCUGUGUUAGCUCCCAGGGGGGGUACAGCAGUAUUCUGCCUGCAUUGUGGUGCUUAGAUUCUCCACUUUGCCGAGCAUGGCUUGUGACCUGCUGAAAACAGUCAGACUGCAUUCUAUCAACUGGCCAGAGGGGGCGCCACACACUGAUCGUGAAACACCUUAUUAUUUCACAAGACCCAUUCUGCUACCCAUGACCAAAGUUGAUGAUAGAAACGAAAAAAUAAGCAUCGCACUUAUUGAAUAUCAAUGAUAUUACUUUAUUAAAAUUAGGUAUCUCCAGAACCUCUGCCAUUGGGGUGGUUUGGGAAAUUGCCCAUGAAAGGGAACCCCAGUGAAAGUACUUGCCUAAGUUUUUCAUCAAAUGAAGGGACUUUAGGUACUUUACUUGGCAGUUUGGUGGACUCCAAGGCCAAAGAGAGAAAAUUAACCUGCAUACUCCUGCACUGACCAAAAAUAAGUCUGUUUCAAGUGUUUGGAUCUUGUAAUGAGACUUAAAAUCGUACUUUUCCGUCGGAAGUAGAAAAUAUUAGCUUGUUUUUAGUUACUCUUUGCUUGACAAGUGUAUCAUCUUACGCCAUUUGCAAAUCUUGAAAUGAGUCAAACUGUCCCACCUAAUUGGCAAUCUUGUCUUAUUGAGCAAAAAUAAGAAAUAAAGUUUAAUUUUUUUACAAA